CUCCUCUCCUCUCAGAUGCAGAGUGUCAUGUAUGAUCUGAUCUCGGAGCUGCACGAGCGCAGUGAGGACCUGGAGAAGCAGAUGGAGGGUCUGGAGCACAAGCUGGAGCAGCUGGGCUGUGGUUUCAGCUCCCUGCCAGGUCUCCUCGCCGAGUCCAUGAGGCUGCAGCAAGCAGAGAUCCUGAGAGCCAUCGAGGAGAACAGAACCACGGGGGCCCUCUCCUCGCUCUCCGACAGCACCCUGGCCUCAAACCCAACUCCCCGCACCACCUCCAGCAGCUGCUAGCCUCCGGGGGGCAGCGUCGAGCCACACAGAGACUCGCGCCGAGGCUUCUCCAACUGGUCUUGCAGGGGCUUGACGCCAGGAGGUUCAAAUCCCAGCUCAGUGGAUAAAGAGAGUCUGGAAAAUGACUCAUUUCAUCAAUUAAAAUAAUUACACUAAUGAUGCGAUCCCGCUGGAUAUCGUGGGUGGAUUGGAGAGGGGCGCAGGCAAGGGGAGGGGGGGGUCCUUUCUUUUUUAAAUGACAAUGGACUAUAACCCCCCCACACACACACUGACUCUUUAGACUCCAGUGGGCGUCUCUGAGGGGAAGGUGCAGGGUUAUUUCUGUUACUUAUUUCAAUGUCACAUCUUCCCCCUGCGACCGACGACGUGAAAUUUAAAAACUUUUUUUUUUUCUUCGAAAGAAAAGGGCAAAGAAAAUGUUCGCAAAUCUCCUUCUACAAACAGCCAAGAAACACAAUCGAAAGGAGCAGAUCCUGGAGAAACACAGUCAGCUGGGCGCCAUGUGUCUGUUAGGAUAAUAAUAAUCAUCAUCGUAAUAAAAACGAAAGAGGAGGGGUUUUUAACUGUGUAAAAAAAAGAUAUAUAUA